AUGUUCUUACUUUCUUCUUUCUUUUCAUUCAUUCAUUCAUUUAUUCAAUCAUUCAAUCAGAACAUUUUCCAUUUUAAUUUAAAAUUUCUUUCUUUCAACUAUUCGUUUUACGUUCGUUGUUUGUUUAUUUAUACAAUUCAUUCGUUCCUUAUUUAUUCUUUUAUAUUUCAAAUUUUCUUUAUUUUCUUUUAUUUUCUUUCUGUCUUUUUCUUUUUUCUUUUCUUUUCUUUCUAUAUAUAUUUAAUUAUUUUAUUUAGAUUCUUUCAAUUUUUUGUUUCCUUCUUGCUUUAUUUGGGUUCCCUUUUCUUUCUUUCUUUUCCCUUUUCUUUCUUUCCUUUUUCUUCUUUUUUUUACCUUUUCUUUUCCUUUUCUUUCUUUUUUUUUUCUUCCUUUUUUUUCCUUUUUUUCUUUCUUUUUACCUUUCUUUCCUUUUCUUUCUUUUUUUUUUUUCUUUCUUUUUUCCUUUUCUUUCUUUCUUUUUUUUUUUUUUUUAUCUUUUCUUUCUUUCUUUUACCUUCCUUUCUUUCCUUUUUCUUUCUCUCUUUUACCUUUCUUUCCCUUUUCUUUCUUUCUUUUACCUUCCUUUCUUUCCUUUUUCUUUUCUUUCUUUUUUUUUUUUUUUCUUUUCUUUUUUUUUAUUUUGUUUCCUUUCUUUCCUUUUUCUUUCUUUGCUUUUUCUUUCUUUCUUUUAUCUUUCUUUCUUUCCUUCUUUCUAAUAUUUUCUUAAUCUGUAACUGUCUUUCUUUAUUUCUUUCGUUUUCUUUAUUUUCACUGUCUGUGUUGCUUUGUUUCUUUCUUUUUCUUUCGUUUCUGUGUUUCUUUCUUUGUUUAUUUCUUCGUUUGGUUGUUUCAUUUUUUUUCUUUGUUUGUUCCUUUCAUCCCUUUUCUUUCUUUUUUUCUUAUUUUUUCUUUCUUUCAUUUUUUUCUUUCUUGUGUAUUUCUUUUGCCUUCUUUCUUUCUUUCUUUAUUUCUUUCUUUCUGUUUUCCUUUCUCUUUGGUUUUAACAUAUAUGCGAGACGUUCUUUCACUAGUUUAGUUUUUCUUUACAUUAUUGUUACUUUCUUUCCUUCUAACUUUCAUUCAUUCGUUCUUUUCAUCUUUCUUUCAUUUUAUGAUUCAUUCAUGCUUUUCUUCAUUUCUUCUUCUGUUCUCUUUCAUUCAUUCAUUCAUUUAUUCAAUCAUUCACUCUUUCUUCUUUCCAUAUUAAAGUUAAGUUUUCUUUCUUUCAACUAUUCGUUUUUACGUUCGUUGUUUGUUUAUUACAUUCAUUCGUUCCUUAUUUAUUCUUUCUUUCUUUUCUCUUUUCUUUCUUUCUUUCUUUUCUCUUUUCUUUCUGUCUUUUCUUUUCUCUUUUCUUUCUUUCUUUCUUUUCUCUUUUCUUUCUGUCUUUUCUUUUCUCUUUUCUUUCUUUCUGUGUUAAAAAUUAUUGUUUUCUUUCUUUCAGUUUUCUUUCCUUCUUGCUUUAUUUCUUUCUAUUUUCUUUAA